CCACCGCUUGUAAGAGCCCCCGUGGCGGGCGCCCUUCUCGCUCCAAGCACUCUCCCCAGCCCCAUGAAUGGAACUCAGCUCCGCAGGACCCGUUGGGGCCCAGCCCCUACUCAUGGUGCCCAGAAGACCUGGCUAUGGCACCAUGGGCAAACCCAUUAAGUUGCUGGCUAACUGUUUUCAAGUUGAAAUUCCAAAGAUUGAUGUCUAUCUCUAUGAGGUAGAUAUUAAACCAGACAAGUGUCCUCGGAGAGUGAACAGGGAAGUGGUUGAUUCAAUGGUUCAGCAUUUUAAAGUUACUAUAUUUGGGGAUCGUAGACCAGUUUAUGAUGGAAAAAGAAGUCUUUAUACAGCCAAUCCACUUCCUGUGGCAUCUACUGGGGUAGAUUUAGAUGUUACUUUACCAGGGGAAGGUGGCAAAGAUCGACCUUUCAAGGUGUCAAUCAAAUUUGUGUCUCGAGUGAGUUGGCACCUUCUACAUGAAGUAUUGACAGGACGAACCUUGCCUGAACCACUGGAAUUAGACAAGCCAAUCAGCACUAAUCCUGUCCAUGCUGUCGACGUGGUGCUACGACAUCUGCCCUCUAUGAAAUAUACCCCUGUGGGGCGUUCCUUUUUCUCAGCUCCGGAAGGAUAUGACCACCCUCUUGGAGGGGGCAGGGAAGUAUGGUUUGGAUUUCAUCAGUCUGUGCGGCCUGCCAUGUGGAAAAUGAUGCUCAAUAUUGAUGUUUCUGCCACUGCCUUCUACAAAGCACAACCUGUAAUUCAGUUUAUGUGUGAAGUUCUUGACAUUCAUAAUAUUGAUGAGCAACCAAGACCUUUGACUGAUUCUCACCGGGUAAAAUUCACCAAAGAGAUUAAAGGUCUGAAGGUUGAAGUGACUCAUUGUGGAACAAUGAGGCGGAAAUACCGCGUUUGUAAUGUAACCCGAAGGCCUGCCAGUCAUCAAACCUUUCCUUUACAGUUAGAAAAUGGCCAAACAGUGGAGAGAACAGUAGCACAGUACUUCAGAGAAAAAUAUACUCUUCAGUUGAAGUACCCACAUCUUCCCUGUCUCCAAGUGGGGCAAGAGCAGAAACAUACAUACUUGCCCUUAGAAGUCUGUAAUAUAGUGGCAGGACAACGAUGUAUCAAGAAGCUAACGGACAAUCAAACUUCCACAAUGAUCAAAGCCACAGCAAGAUCUGCACCUGAUAGACAAGAAGAAAUUAGCAGAUUGGUAAGAAGUGCAAAUUAUGAAACAGAUCCAUUUGUUCAAGAAUUUCAAUUCAAAGUUCGAGAUGAGAUGGCACACGUAACAGGACGUGUACUUCCAGCACCAAUGCUCCAGUAUGGAGGACGGAAUCGGACAGUAGCAACACCAAGCCACGGAGUUUGGGACAUGCGAGGGAAACAAUUCCACACAGGAGUCGAAAUUAAAAUGUGGGCAAUAGCCUGCUUUGCCACACAGAGGCAGUGCAGAGAAGAAAUUUUGAAGGGCUUCACAGACCAGCUGCGGAAGAUUUCUAAAGAUGCAGGAAUGCCCAUCCAGGGCCAACCUUGCUUCUGCAAGUACGCACAAGGAGCAGACAGUGUGGAACCCAUGUUCCGGCAUCUCAAAAAUACUUACUCUGGGCUGCAGCUCAUCAUAGUUAUCCUACCAGGAAAGACACCAGUGUAUGCUGAGGUGAAACGUGUAGGAGACACACUUUUGGGAAUGGCUACACAGUGUGUCCAAGUCAAAAAUGUAAUAAAAACUUCUCCUCAAACUCUCUCAAACCUGUGCCUAAAGAUAAAUGUUAAACUCGGAGGGAUUAAUAAUAUUCUUGUACCUCAUCAAAGACCUUCUGUGUUCCAGCAACCAGUAAUCUUUUUGGGAGCAGACGUCACUCAUCCACCCGCUGGUGAUGGAAAGAAGCCGUCUAUAGCUGCUGUUGUAGGUAGUAUGGAUGCCCACCCCAGCAGAUACUGUGCCACUGUCAGAGUUCAGAGACCCCGACAGGAGAUCAUCCAAGACUUGGCCUCCAUGGUCCGAGAACUUCUCAUUCAGUUCUAUAAGUCAACUCGCUUCAAACCUACUCGUAUUAUUUUCUAUCGGGAUGGUGUUUCAGAGGGACAGUUCAGGCAGGUUUUAUAUUAUGAACUACUAGCAAUUCGAGAAGCCUGCAUCAGUUUGGAGAAAGACUAUCAACCUGGAAUAACCUACAUUGUAGUUCAGAAGAGACAUCACACUCGAUUAUUUUGUGCUGAUAGGACAGAAAGGGUUGGAAGAAGUGGGAAUAUCCCAGCUGGAACCACAGUUGAUACAGAUAUCACACAUCCAUAUGAGUUUGACUUUUACCUCUGUAGCCAUGCUGGAAUACAGGGUACCAGCCGCCCUUCACACUAUCAUGUUUUGUGGGAUGAUAACUGCUUUACUGCAGAUGAACUUCAGCUGCUCACUUACCAGCUCUGCCACACCUAUGUGCGCUGUACACGAUCUGUUUCUAUACCUGCACCAGCUUAUUAUGCUCACCUAGUGGCAUUCAGAGCCAGAUACCAUCUUGUGGACAAAGAACAUGACAGUGCUGAAGGAAGUCACGUUUCAGGACAGAGCAAUGGGCGAGAUCCACAAGCUCUUGCCAAGGCUGUACAGAUUCACCAAGAUACCUUACGCACAAUGUACUUUGCUUAAAGUCCAAGAAUUUGCUCUGGGCAGAAGAACUGAAGAUGCUUCAAUGUACAACAUACACUGUGUGUUUCCCAUGGAAUUAAUUAGUGGAGGUGGGGGAAAUGCCUCCAGCCAUCCGGAAGCCAACACUGUGUGGAAGUCAGGGUCUGAUCUUUAUGCCAAUAGAAGGACGAUUGUUUACUUCAUCAAGGAACACAGCACCAUUAUGCAAUAUGAAACCAGCCAACUGCUUUUUUGUGCAGUCUCCUAUAGGAAAUAUUGCAGUUGUUUUGUUUUGUUUUCGUGUAGUCUAACCCUUUUAAUGCCUUUACCUCACUCAAGUUGCUUGGCAGCACAACUAUCUUUGCAAAAAAAAAAAAAAGAUGGUUUAAAAACAAAAAAAACCAUCAUCUACAAUGAAUAAUCAAAGUGAUUGUUCACAGUUCUUUGUGCAAAAAAAUUAAUGUGGAUUCGUGUCUUGUCCAAUGUACAUUUUAAAUAUAUACAUACUUCAUAUGCAUAUAUAUCUGCUUCUAUGUCAAUAAUAGGUAUAUAUGUAUCAGUGUAUAUAUUUUGUAGUGCAUUCCAGUGGGGGAAUGUUAGUCCCUAUUCUUAAACUUUCACCACCACUUCCUUUUCUUUCUUACUCUACCUCCCUUGCCUUUAUUACCUACAUUUUCUCCCUUAAGUGACAUUUCAGUGUUCAUGUUUGUGGUUCAUUUGAAUAUGAAACAUGAAAUUUUUCAUUUUUAUUUUUCACAACCUACUCCUGUCUCUUCUCAAACAAUUCUGUGUCCUGAAUUCUUGAUACUGUUUUAAGAAGCAAAAUUAUUCUCUAUAGUUGUUUCUGUGACAAUGUGUCUGCCCCCAUCUGCUUUGAACUUACAUUCGCCCCAUGUGUGGUAUGUACAGAAGCAGCAGUAACAUAGUCUUUUUCUUUAUUAUUUUCUUUAGUUAAAGCUGCUAAAUACAAAAUCUUGUCAAUACCCAUAA